CAUUUCGUCUUUCCUAGUCAAUUUCGGAACAUGUAUCAUUAGAUCACCGUUGGUAGUUUAAAAAAAUAUGAUGGAGUUUGAUCAUCUACCUUUGUCAUUACCUUGUCAAUGGUAUCUGUAACGUAAUGGCGUGUGAGAUUUUGUAUGAAGUUGCGCGAGUUGACUCUGUGAUUUUAGUACAUUUUAUUUUCCCACGUGGUUCUUCAGCAAUGUAUCAAAACAUUUAUGGCUUGAAGUGUUCAGAAGGAAUCUAAUGUCAUCUUCUAUUAUUGUUUCCACUUGUGGAUACACAAUAGCACUGUGUAAUAUGUCCAUAAACAGUUUGUAUUUUGGUGCCACUUGAUACAAUUUUGAUAUAUUGUACGAAGAAUUAUAAUAUUUUAUUCUAAACGGGCAUACAAAUACCAUGGGUCGUUACACGGGAAAGAAGUGUCGCCUAAUGACAAUGUUAUGGCUAACAGCUCUAUUUUUCUUAGUAGAAAUAGUAGUGGGUUAUGUAACUAACUCGAUGGCAUUGAUAGCUGACAGUUUUCAUAUGCUGUCUGAUGUAGCAGCAUUGGUUGUUGCAUUUCUUUCUGUAAAGAUGUCGCCAAAGAAAUGGUCUAAAAAUACAUUUGGCUGGGCCAGAGCAGAAGUUUUAGGUGCUUUGGUAAAUGCUGUUUUUUUAGUUGCAUUGUGUUUUAGUAUUACCGUGGAAGCAUGUAAAAGAUUUAUUGAAGUAGAGGAAAUACAUGAAGCUAAAUUACUUGUAGCGGUCGGCGCACUUGGGUUACUAGUGAAUAUAAUUGGGUUGUGUUUAUUUCAUGAACAUGGAAAUGCUCAUGGACAUUCACAUGGUAUUUCUCGAAGCCAUAACAGGCUUAGCUCUUUAGUUGGAACAGAUGACAAUGAGAAUGAUGAAGCUUAUAGGCCAUCGACGCCUCAAGUGAAAAGGACACAUGGUCAUUCUCAUGAUGCAAGUCAAAUGAAUAUGCGUGGUGUAUUUCUUCAUGUACUGUCGGACGCAUUAGGCUCUGUUAUUGUAAUAGUGUCUGCUUUAAUUGUCUGGCUGACGAAUUGGAAAUACAGAUUUUAUAUUGACCCGGCUCUUUCACUUUUGUUAGUUAUUCUUAUUCUGCGGUCAGUGUGGCCGUUACUUCAAGAAUCUGCGUUGAUUCUUUUACAGACUGUACCAACACACAUUCAGGUUGAUGCUAUUCAACAACGCUUAUUAGAAAAUGUUGAUGGUGUAUUGGCUGUACACGAAUUUCAUGUAUGGCAAUUAGCUGGCGAUCGCAUUAUUGCUUCAGCGCAUAUAAGAUGCAGAAAUUUGUCGGAAUACAUGAAAAUUGCCGAACAAGUAAAAGAAUUUUUUCACAAUGAGGGCAUACAUUCUACUACUAUACAACCAGAAUUUAUUGACUACCAGUCAAAUAGUGAGAUUAAGGAAACACCAACAGAAGAUUGUGUGUUGGAUUGUCCAAAGACUGACAAGCCUUGUAAUCAUGCAACAUGUUGUGGUCCCUCUAAGCAGGGUCGUGAAACUCCUUCGCCAGGAGAAACACCAUACAUGUGCAGACAACGUAAUAGUCUCGCACGCUCAACUGGUUCUGUGAGAGGUACAGAACAACAAGAAGUAAAUGAAAUGGAACGUGGACAUUUGCUAUCGCUGCCUGUCUCGCAUAACUCCGUCCAACUUCCACAUUCUCAUGUUAAUACACCAGUUGUCUAAGUUAUCAUCGUAUUAUCAAUACCUACCUCUAUAACAAAAUCUGCGGCGCGUUACAAUGUUAUUAUAAAGAUUCAAUAAACUGAUAUACAUAAAUGUUUUAUUGGUAAUA